CUCUCGUCUCGCGGUGAGUGGAUUCCUGGAGCCCAGGAGAUCGCGUCAUCACCCUCCAGUUAACUUGUUGGUCCUCCGAUGCCGGUUUGCAUCGCGUCCUCAUCACACGUGUGAAUUCUUUCGUCAUCCUGUCAUCCCCUCGAAACCACCCCCGAACUGCGAGUUGCCCAGUCUAUAUCCCGCUCUGGGAAUUUUCACAUGUUGCCCGUAACCUAAUAAAAAAUCCCCGCGAUAGCCGUAUCCCCGUCGAACGAGUGAGAACCCUGCCGGGCAAUGGGGCUGUCCCUGGUGCGCCGCCGGAAAACUCCGGGUCGAGUCAUCCGCGUUAAGAAAAAACGCGCGUUCCGCGAGUGAAAGUGCGCGAUUCUCUGAGAAUUUCCUCAUGUGUGUUUCAUGUGUUUAAUAUCCUAGUGUCUGUGUUCAUAGUUCCUACUACGGUUGUUAAUAUGAUAGUGCAUUGUGCCCUCGUGUGUAUCAUCAGUUUGGCAAACGGAUUAUCACUACACAAUAAGCAGGAUGACUACCGGUACGAAGUGGCAGAGUGGCCAGGUGUGUUCCCUGCGCUGUUCAACGUGGCCGCGCGGGCGAGUAUUUGGACGAACGCGACGUGCGGGGAGCACGGGGCUGAGAGCUACUGCAAGAUGGAGGCGCGAGGCCAGACGCAAUGCGCCCUCUGCGACGCCCGGAGCCCGGACCCGGGCAAGCGCCACCCGAUCAAGAACGUCCUGGACGCCAAGCCCACCUGGUGGCAGAGCCCCACCCUCCAGGAGGGCCCCCAGUACGAGGCUGUCACCAUCACCCUCGAUUUCAAACAGGUACUACCACCACGCCCACAGACUAAUCAAAAUUUCCUCCUAGGCAAAGUCGGCAAACCCAACGGGGAGAAGACUGAUGAGUUCCGGAAAAUUAUGCCAAAAUAUGCCAACAGAAGGCGGCCAGUCCCACCCCCCGGCAAGACCAGAGGGAUCAACCUGGUCACCCAAGCACCCAACACACGCGAGAAUCAGGCAUGCUCGAUG